GCAACGCUUCACUGCACUUGUACUUCAGGUAGACUUCUCGAAGGUUUGUUGUUGAAAACGAUGCAUUUUGUCUGCGUUAUAUUUAAUGUGGUAUUUUUUCACGAUUUUUGGGUAGCAGCUACAGAAAUACCUGAUCCACAAGAAGUUCAAUGGCCAACUAUAUUCAUUCCUAUACUUGUUCGUAAUAAAGCUCACACGCUACCAACAUUUUUCGGCUGUCUAGAGAGGCAAGAUUACCCGAAAGAACGGAUUUCGAUAUGGAUAAGAAGUGACCAUAAUGAAGAUAAUUCAACAGAGAUUCUAAAAGAAUGGGUUUCUAGAGCCAAACACCUUUAUCAUGCAGUUGACCUUAAAUAUGAAGAUAGUGUUAAGAGGUAUGCAAAUGAAGAAGGACCGUUUGACUGGACGGAGGAGAGAUUUUUACACCUUAUUAACCUCAGGCAGACUGCACUUGAGGAGGCACGGAGACAGUGGGCUAACUAUCUUUUUGCAAUUGAUGCAGACAAUUUCUUAGAAAACAAUGAAACUCUGAAGAUUUUGAUAAGUGCAAAUAAACCGAUGAUUGCUCCGAUGCUUGAAUCAACAACAAUGUACUCCAACUUUUGGGCAGGAACAAAUGAAUAUGGUUACUAUCGAAGAACACCAGAGUAUUCAGAAAUUUUGGAGCGUAACAUAUCUGGCAUCUUUCAAGUUCCUAUGAUACAUUCAACAUAUAUGGUUGACUUGCAACGACAGGUAUCCCUCGAUCUUCAAUACACACCGUCUCCGGAAUAUGAUGGAGACCUAGAUGACAUGCUGAUAUUUGCCUACUCCGCACGUAAAGCAUUCAUUCCUAUGUAUGUGAUAAAUGCAGUAUUCUUUGGCAGUCUAUCAACCCCAGCUGGUGUUACAAAUACUCUAGAAGAAGAUCAAGAACAGAUGAUAUUCCAGCGGAUAGAGGUUAUGGUUGAUCAUGAGCCAAUGCCUUUGUCUAAUUAUAUUAGCCCACCUUUUAAGCCGUUGACUAAGUUAGGAGUUGAUGAGAUCUAUUUGAUCAACUUGAAACGUAGGCCGAAGAGAAGAGAGCGAAUGAUUAAAUCCCUUCAUGAAUUGUCACUAAAUUAUACCAUCUUAGAUGCAGUAGAUGGAAAACAACUAACAGAUGACAAACUGAAAGAAAUGGGAAUUGACAUGCUGGAUGGAUACAAGGACCCGUACCAUGAAAGAAUCCUGACCAAGGGAGAGAUUGGCUGCUUCCUUAGCCAUUACAAGAUAUGGGUUGAUGUAGUUGAGAAGAAUUACGAACAGGUGAUUGUGCUGGAAGAUGAUGUUAGGUUUGAGGCUUUCUUUACAAUGAAACUAAAACAACUUUUAUACGAACCUACAAAAUUGGACAUAACCUGGGAUUUGAUAUACCUGGGACGCAAAAUACUUAACCCUGACCUUGAAUCAUGGGUCAAUGGUUCUGAUAUACUGCUUUGGCCAAGCUAUUCCUAUUGGACACUAGGCUACAUAUUAAGCCAAUCAGGAGCCAGGAAACUUGUAGAGCAGAAUCCUUUGAGUAAGAUGGUUCCUGUCGAUGAGUACUUACCGCUUAUGUUUGACAAACAUCCAGAGAAAGGUUGGAAGGAUCAGUUUUCCCCAAGAGAUCUCAUAACUUUUUCAGUGCAUCCAUUACUGGUGUACCCAACACACUACUACGGGGAGCCUAACUACUUCAGUGAUACAGAGGCCUCCAAUCUCUGGGAGAGUGUAUGUGACACACACGAUUCUGCUGAAUGCCUUGAAUUAAAAAACAGAGAAGGUAGAGAUGACAUAAACAAGAAGAAAGAAAACGACCAGCAUAUUCACCCUGAUUUAUGAUAGUACACACUGCUCCUGACAAGUAUCACAAUUUUUUUUUAAACAAAAAUCUAUAAAGUUAUUACUUAAUUAUUGAAACCAUAAACAAUUUGUUUUAAGCUAUUUAUGGAUUUUUUCAAAAAUAUUUUCUGAUUUUCAUUAGAAGAAGCAGGUACCUCAUGUACCAUCAUUAUUAAUGAGUCACUUGCUAUGCAAACCAUCAGAAACACUAUUAUUAUGAUUACUUUUAAUUGUCAAAAAGUCGUAAUAACUGUGUUUUUUUUUUUUAUGUUAUUUUCACUGUGAUAUGGAACCGGUUGACUUUCAUUACCAAUUGUGAGUGUACUUGUUGUACAGGUUGUACUGUAAAAGCUCUGAUGGAAACCCUAGAUUGUUUCUUUUGUUUGAUAUUCUGGGUGGGUAACAAUGAAAUACUGGUCACUGUAUUUAAGUAUACAUCAAGUAUUUGAAAAAUCAAUAACUGACUACAUUUUCUUUAAUAGAAAUUCACACAAAUGACUGAAAAUUAAAGAUUACCAUAAGCAAUCCACGCUUUACAUGCGUUGUACCUGUAUCAUCUUUAAACAACUUUAUUAAUUGUCAUCUUCUAAGUCAUCAAUUCAUCAGGAGUGUUCACCACAAAUUUAAAUGUUGGUAAGUUUGCCUUCCUGAUGGUUAUUGAAAUGUUGCCCUAUAGGGUUAAUAUUAGAGUAGUAGAUCGUUAAUUGGUUAAUAGGGUAGUGAGUGAGCUAAUAAUAGUGCAUGGGUCAUAAAUAUAAUACUGGGUUCAAUUAAUUAAAAGAUUUAUGGUAACUUUUAGAAAUGCCACAACUAGUUGUCACUGACAAAAUAAGCCUUUAUUUCAAUAUUUGUUGUCAUUCUAGUUAGUUAAUAAACAAGUACUGUCUGGAAAUACAGGAAGAUCUAACUUA